UCUUCUGUCUUUUAUUGUAAAAAAAGAGACAAUGGCGGUUUCUCUCCCUAACUCGUUUCUCCUGAUCAAUCCAUGUGCUCCUUCUCUCGUAAUCAAAAAGCCGGUUAAGGCGGCAUCGAUUGGCGCUAACCGGGGAAGUAAACCGGCGGUGGUUCAAGUGACCUGCAGGAAGAAGGAUAUGCACCCAGAAUUUCACGAGGACGCCAAGGUUUACUGCAACGGAGAGCUCGUGAUGACCACCGGAGGGACUAAGAAAGAGUACGUAGUCGAUGUUUGGUCUGGUAACCAUCCGUUUUACCUCGGGAACCGCUCGGCUUUGAUGGUUGAUGCUGAUCAAGUUGAGAAGUUCAGGAAGAGGUUCGCGGGGUUGUCGGAGAUUAUGGAGAUUCCUGUUUUGAAAGGAGAGAUCGUGUUGCCCACGAAGAAAAAUAAAGGUGCUGGUAAAGGGAAGAAGAAAUGAUGAGAACUUUGUAAUGUUGAAAUGGAGUUUUCUGGUAAAGCUUUGAGCUUGUCUUUGCUUAGACUGUUUGAAUUGUAUGUUAUGUUUUGUUCUUGAAUGCAAAUGAUUAUAGUUUAUUUUUAAGAAUGUGUUUGGUUUUUUUUUUUUUUUUUUUGAAAGAAUGUGUUUGGUUUCUUGUAGAGUUGGUUUACCUUUAUGUGAUCAUGGUUCUUGUUUA